CAGCAGUGGCGAUUGAAAACGGACCACGGGGACCGCACGCGGACGUAUAUACCAUACGCGUGUGCAGUGUGCGCGGCUAUUAACCCAGGGAUAUAAUAAUUAUUUUUUUAAAGUAAAGAGUAAAAAAACCUAUCAAAGCUAUUUGUAAUAGUCCCUUAAAACACAAUAUACGUACACAUACAGUUUAAAUAACCACUAUAUUGUGAAUAAACAAGUAAGUGUAACAGUGAUAACGUUAAAACACUGAUAAAUAUGGCGAACAACGUAGCACCAGACUCGUGGGAACAGCAGGCGGACAAUGGUGAUACGACAACUGCCGACAGUAAUUUUAUCGAGGGUAAAUUUUCAACAUUGAACGUUAAUGCAGCGGAAUUUGUGCCUUCCUUCUGCAUAAAUACUAUACCUGAUAAAACAUCAACGAGUUUGCCAACGAGUGUUGACGACAGUUGUGUGGAUAACAGUACCGGGAGUACUACAGGCGACACGCCAAUUGGUGAUACCAAUACUGCUGAUGUCGCCGUCACCACCUUUGUACCACCCGAGACUCAUCAUGCUGCAACUGUACCAGCUCUGCCACCCGAUCCUGUCGGCAACAGGAUGGAAGAGCCACCCGCAGGCGGGGGUGCACCACCGCCCAGUGUCACCGAUCCAGAGGCCAGCAACAGUAGCCCUGAACAUCAGCCAGCUGAUUCGUGGGAAGAAGCUGCUGUCGAUGGCGAUCCAUUACUAACACCAGAGAAUGAAGAAGCUGAUAUCGAGGAGGAUGAAGAAGCGGUUGUGAAAGUAACUAAAAAGAAACCUGUCAAAGUAACCGAGGAUACUAAAAGUAAAAAGGAGCACGUCAAUGUGGUUUUUAUUGGACAUGUGGACGCUGGUAAAUCAACAAUUGGUGGUCAAAUAAUGGCUCUAACAGGUAUGGUAGACAAGAGAACACUCGAGAAAUACGAGAGAGAGGCUAAAGAAAGAAGCCGAGAGACGUGGUACUUGAGUUGGGCUCUCGAUACCAAUCAGGAAGAGAGAGAGAAGGGAAAGACAGUUGAAGUUGGCAGAGCGUACUUUGAAACUGAGAGAAAGCACUUUACUAUUUUGGAUGCACCAGGACACAAGAGUUUUGUACCAAACAUGAUUGGUGGUGCAGCGCAGGCUGAUUUAGCUGUACUUGUUAUAUCAGCGCGAAAGGGUGAAUUUGAGACUGGCUUUGACAGGGGCGGACAGACGAGGGAGCACGCUAUGCUUGCUAAAACAGCUGGUGUUAAGCAUCUUGUAGUACUAGUUAAUAAAAUGGAUGAUCCAACUGUUGAGUGGGAUGAGAAGAGAUACAACGAGUGCAGAGAUAAAAUUCUACCUUAUCUACGCAAAUUAGGAUUUAAUCCGUCUAAGGAUCUCACAUUUAUGCCGGUAUCGGGACAAUUAGGAAUUGGAUUGAAGGAUCCUAUUCCAGAGUCACUGUGCACAUGGUACUCGGGCCUACCUUUCAUACCUUUCAUCGAUUCCUUGCCGUCGUUAAAUCGUAAGAGUAAUGGACCAUUCAUCAUGCCAAUUGUUGAUAAGUAUAAAGAUAUGGGGACGGUGGUCAUGGGAAAGGUCGAAGCUGGUGAGGCGAAAAAAGGACAAGCGUUAUUAGUCAUGCCAAACAGGACAGCGGUUACUGUGGAUCAACUGUGGUCUGAUGACGAAGAAGUUACAUCAGUUGGACCUGGUGAAAAUGUGAAAAUAAAACUAAAGGGUAUCGAGGAGGAAGACGUCAGUCCUGGCUUCGUCCUCUGCGACGGCAAUAAUCCCAUUAAAACUGGCAAGACCUUUGAUGCCCAGGUUGUCAUAUUAGAACACAAAAGCAUUAUCUGCGCUGGUUACAGUGCAGUUAUGCACAUUCAUUGCGCAGCGGAGGAAGUCACUGUCAAGGCACUUAUAUGUCUUGUUGAUAAGAAAACUGGUGAAUAUAGCAAAACUCGACCGAGGUUCGUUAAACAGGAUCAGGUUGCUAUUAUGAGAAUAGAAUGUGCUGGAGUUAUUUGCCUUGAAAAAUUCAAACUAUUUCAACAAAUGGGACGAUUCACCCUCAGAGACGAGAAUAAAACAAUUGCCAUCGGCAAGGUGCUGAAGGUGGUCGAGUAGGAGAACCAUCGAAUUCCACCACUUUGCUCAACUUCGUCGAUCGUAACUGCAGGUCAAUGGCAAAUGAGAAUUUAAACAAUAAAUAGCAAUAUCACGUGUCUAUGUUGAUUGGCAGCAACACGAGAACAACAUUAGCUCCUAUUUAAUUGCAACGAUCCAUUGAGCCGCAACAAGAUGUUGCACAAAUCAACACUAGCAGAAUUGUUCGAAUCAGUUGAUCAAUUUCAAAAGGAAUAGUUUUGAAAAUCAUCUCUUAUUUUAUCCCCGAAGAGUUUUUGGGUAGUGGCAUCACACUUUUACACACAUUUUAAAACAAAAAAUAAUUGUGUUGCUAUGACAUCAUAGUUGUUUCUAUCCACUGCUCUCUUGUAUUUCCUUCAUACAUUCGUUCUGCUGAUUCCUUGUAGACAAUUGGGAUACGAGUUAAACAAACAAUACAUGAACGUGCGUGAUUCGUUUUUUUUUUUUCAGAAACUCGUGAAAACUUGUAGUGGCAAUUUUUUUAUCGUGAAGUUUAUGACGAUUUAACGACCUCUCGCAAAGAGGAUACCGUCAUUAUUUUCAAUUUAUUACUGUAACAUUGAGAUCUCUCACGCAAUCCAGAAUGUAAUCGGUCCAUCAAAUAUUUGAGGAGGAUACAUUUUUUUACGUGAUAUUCACUAAGAUGAAUAUUUCCCUCCUAUUCAUACAAUAUUUCAAUAUAAAUAUUUUAAAAGUUCUUUUAGUGUAAUUAUUUUUUUAAAUAUUUUUCACUAAUUAUUUUGUUCAUCAUUAUGAGAAAGAUUCAGUCACGCACGUUCACUCACGCUUAUAUGUAUCCCGGACUGCAUACAUCCAUGGUUUUGUCACUAAUUGAAACAACAAGUACUUUCGAGACAUAAACGCGCAUUUUGCAGACUCGAUGACGGCCCUUGGCAUUUCUGUGAGAAAACGAAAGAUAGUGAUUUAAAAUUGCCGGCAAAUCCUUAUUAUCCUCAUUAUCAAAGUAGAAACACAAAAAUUAAGUUCACCCGAGUGGAAAUGUCUCGAAACGCGUGGACUAAUUACUCAUUCGUCGACUCGAACCGCCAAAUUCAAAUUCGGCGCACAGAGUACGCAGUAAGUCUCGUAAAUGAUAAUGUGCAAGCAUACCAAGAAAUGGUAAUUAAUAAAAACAAAUUUGUGACGAUAUACUCGUUGGAAUGGACAUUACGAGGACAAGUGAGCCUCUUACACGAAGAAUUAAUUUCUUCUGAAACUCUCAUUGUUCUUUUUUUUUCUAUUUCUUAACGAAUGUACAAGCGUACAAUUAUUAAUUAUGCAUUAUUUCUGUUCAUUUCAAAUAGCGUAAUAGAAGUGAAAAUAUCCAUUGAUGGGAGAAACUCAAUACGAGGAAGAAACAAUUAUAAAAAGGGACAUUUUGUUUUUGUGUUGGAGAGAUUAAUAACUGAAGAUAAAUAAUUAUUAUGAAUUAUUAUAUCAUUAUUCUUCAUCAUUAGUGCUAAUAUCUAUUAAGAAUUAUUAAAUUGGUGGGUAAGAGGUGAUAAAAUGAAAGAGAGAAUCAUUAAAAUUAGUUGCAAGGGAAAUUUUAAGUGAGCCAAAAAAAUAACAAGUGAUUACACAAAAUACAAAUAAAAUUCGGCACGAAAUCGAAUGGUAAAACACGUCUUAUGCAACAAGAACACCUAAUUGAAAUAUUAUUAUUAUUAUUGCUGUAUUAUUAUUAUUGUACUGUUUCUUAUUUUAUUGCCAUUAAAAACGAGUUUACGAGUUUUUGAGCCACGGCCCAGGAAUCUUACCUUUACAUCUUAUUUGUAUCAAAUUUUUUUUUUAACUCAUCAAGGUGAUUUUUUUAAUUUUCCGGUAAUUGAAAUUUCAAGGGACAAAUGUAAGGCCUCAGAAGGUGAGUUUCCAGGAGAAAAACAAUAUGGAUCGUAUGUAAUAUACAUGUAAGGAUAUAUGCUUGAACACUCGACUUCCUUGUCGAUACCGAACGCAAAAAAAUAUAUUAUUAUAAUGAAAAACCUGAAAAAGUUAAAAAAAAAAAAAACGGAAAAAUCUGCAAGCGAUGGAUGAGAGUCAGAAGAUGUUUUACUUGAGUUUGAAAAAGUGCUUUUAACAAUGAAUGAUUAAUGCUAACUAAUAUAUGUAAUAAACAAUUUAUGACUUGACUUAACAAAUGAAUUAUCGCAAGAGAUGAUACGUUUUGCGUGUGCAGUUGUAACGAGGAUACAUAAAAGGGAUUAUUAAGAGGAUGAUAAAACAUUUCUUAGCGCAGUGAAGCCGUUGGGAAUUAGUGACCUACGGUAGUUACUUGUAAAAAAUAAGGAUCGGCAACGACCCCAUUGUUACUAUUAAUUAUUAAUUAAUAAGGUAGAAAUAAUGGAUAUUAUUAAUGAGGUAAUUGAAUAUAAUUAUGAGGAUAGACUGCGAGAUGCUGAUGAAAAUAUUAAAAUCGAUGGGAGACCCAGAUCGGCAUUCUCGCGCGUGUGAUUUUAUUGAAAGAGAAAAAAUGAGUAACAUUUAAUGAAAAUUCAAUCGAAGAUCAUUAAUCAAUAUGAAAAAACUCAAAAAGUUGAUUGAGAAUGGAAAAAUUAAAAUAGAUGUCCAAGAGGCUUAGCGUGAACCACAUAAAUGGCUCGCGGUCACAUUCAUAUUUUUAUAUAAUAUAUCACAUGCGCCACCAUUUUUAAUUAAUUAUCUGAGCCUGGCCGGUGGGAUCCGUUGAUCCUCCGUCCGUCGACCGGUGGAUGUAUAAAAAAGAAUUUUUUAAAAAUUUGGAGAAAACGGGACGUAUCAGUCUCUGAAUGGAAUUCAAAUAAUUUUUAUGGGCAUGACGAACAAAGCAUAAUUAGAUGAUACAUAAAAAAUUUAAAUCGCUUGAGAGAGUGAUACGCGCAAGGCAUUCUUAGAGGUGAUGAUAAUUUUUGACAAGAAAUGAAAAUUCCCAGAAUUAAUUGAAAUUCGAGAAAAAAAAAACGUGCAAAAUAAUAAUAAAAAUAAAACGAUUGAGGUGCGUGUGCGAGAGUGCUCUUAAUUGUAGGGUCAACAUUUGUACGAGGGACAUAUUCCAUUGCAUAAUUCAUCAUCGAGAAUAAUUUUCUCAAUCAAUGAAGAGCGCUUUUUGAUCGAAGAGAAGUGCACGUGGAUCCAUAAUCCACAAAUAUUGGAAAACUCAGUGGAGAGGGGUACACACUUUAAUUUCCU